AAGUUUUUGAGAACUUGAUUUGUGCACUUGAAGAAUGGAUGAUGAUGAUUUUGGUGGUUUUGAGGCUGCAGAGAUUUUUGAUGGUGGAAAUGGUGAAACCCAAACUACAUCUCCUGCUAUUCCUUGGGCUGCUUUUCCUACAGUAUCUGGAGUCCAUCUUUCUCCAGCUUCUCCUGAGAUUGUCCUGGAUCAUGACCACUCUUCUUCAGUUGGCUGCCUCUCUUCGGAGUCCGUCAUUUCAUCACCAGAGAAUACACACACAGAAGACAGCAUUGUCAAUCAAACUGUUCCUAAAGCACAGAUUCAGCAAUCAACACACACUCAUCUGGAUAUCUCACUUUUUCCAUUGGGUUUAAAUGAUGAGAAAAGUAAUGGAACAAUUGCCCUUGUGGAUGAUUCUGAGGAUCUUGGAGCCAAUGUAUCAAACAUACAGCUUCAGCAGAAAAUUUCAAGUCUGGAGAUUAAACUCAAAGUUUCUGAAGAAGAAAAACAGAGAAUUAAAAAGGAUGUGGAAUCAUUGAUGGAAAAGCAUAGUGUCUUAGAAAAAGAUUUCCUUAAAGAAAAAGAGCAAGAGGCCAUUUCUUUUCAAGAUAGAUACAAAGAACUUCAGGAAAAACAUAAACAAGAAUUGGAAGACAUGAGGAAAGCUGGUCAUGAAGCUCUGAGUAUCAUUGUGGAUGAAUAUAAG